AUGUGUAAAAGAGCAUCCUGGUCCAUCACCGAGAAGAACGCUGUGGUGCAGCUGAACGAGUUACGACCUGGACUACAGUAUGAGAUCGUGUCAAAGACAGGCCCGCUGCAUGCGCCGGUGUUUUCUGUGGGUGUGGAAGUGAACGGUUCACACUUUGAAGGUAUAGGACGAACCAAAAAACAGGCCAAGACGAGAGCUGCGGAGCUGGCUCUGCGGUCAUUCAUCCAGUUUCCAAACGCCUCCCAGGCUUAUGCCAGCAUGGGGAACUUCACCAGCACUCAGGCGGAUUUCACAGCAGAUAGACUCGACGUCUCUGAAACGUUACUCAAAGAGUUUGAGCCGUCACUACGAGAAAACAGCGACCUCCUGCACUAUAACCCAGCACAGCUUUUCUCCAGUGUUUUCAACCACAGACGACUCGUCAGGCUCACUCUGGAUCUGGUCUCAAAAAAUCCAAAAAGACGAACUCUUAGCACUUCAUUCUUAGAGCACCUCAGCCCCGUGGUGCUCCUCAACGAGCUCAGACCAGGACUCAGGUACAUCUGCCUGACAGAGAGGGUUUAUGGGAAACCCCUGAGGAGUUUUGUCAUGGUAGUGCGUGUGGAGGGGAGAGUCUUUGAGGGCUGUGGUCACAGUAAGAGGCAGGCCAAAGUCAAGGCAGCAGCAGCUGCUCUUCAGGAUAUUUUCAACAUAAGUCUGGGACCAGAGAGGAGGAUGAUGGGUCUACAGGGAAGCAGAGCCAAAAAUCAGCUACCUCAGUUUUUUGCAGAGUCGAUCUUCCACGUGGUGAGAGAGAAAUACACUGAGCUGACAGACAGCUGUCCCUCUACCUCGCUCGCCCAUCACAAGGUGCUGGCAGGAAUCGUAAUGACCCGAGGCCUUGACCUCAGAUCUGCCCGGGUUGUGUCUCUGGCUACAGGAACAAAGUGUCUGGACAACGUGAGCGAUCAUGGCAGUACGCUCAGAGACUGUCACGCUGAAGCUGCCUGCAGGAGGGCGCUGGUUCGAUUCCUGUAUGCUCAGCUGGAGCUGCUGCUCUGUAAGCCAGCAGACACUGAAGAACAGUCCAUCUUCAUACCUAAUAAACCCAGCAGUGACCAUGGAGGCAGCAGCUUCAGAUUACAGGACGGGGUCCUCUUUCAUAUGUACAUCAGCUCAUCACCGUGUGGAGACGCUCGACUCAACUGUCCCUACGAGGCCACAGCUGCAUUCCGAAGCCGAAGAUUUCGCUGUCACCUCAGAGUGAAGGUGGACGGAGGUGAGGGAACGCUACCUCUUACGGCACAGCGAGCCAAUCAGAAAAGGGAUGGUGUGUCAUCAGGCAAACCUCUUGUCACCAUGUCCUGCACGGAUAAGAUGGCAAAAUGGAGUGUUUUGGGUCUCCAAGGGGCACUACUGUCUCACCUGGUGGAGCCAGUUUACCUUCACAGCCUGACGGUGGGGACUCUCAGCCACACAGGCCACCUGAGUCGAGCCAUGGCUCGCCGCCUCGCACCAGUCAAGCACCUUCCAUUCCCGUACAGGCGGCAGCAGAUGCUUCUGGGCUAUCUGAGCAGCAGAGACGACAGGCCAUCGGGGAAAGCACCGAACAUCAGUGUGAACUGGAGCUGGGAUGACAGAGGCAUAGAGGAGAUCAGCACCUCAACAGGAAGGAAAAAGGACUCAGGGACGCCGUCACGGCUCUGCAGGCGCUCAAUGUUCACCCGUUGGCAGCGGCUGCAGCAGCAGGUGGGUCAGAGAUUCUCAGAGACUUUAAAUGUUGUAAAGAGGAGGCUCAGGGAGGGAGGGGAUUUGACUCACUCUGCUGCUCCAUGAAAAAUUGCUGAGGAUGUCAUCAUCAGGGCUUCUUUUUAUGGAGCCUGAACUCUAUUUCAGUAGAUGAGACGAUAGGAUUGGACGUCGUGUGAUCAAUUAGUAAAGCACAAUACAAAACAGUCAUAAAAGCACUUGAGUCUUAUACUUGAACAUUUUUCAUCAUAAAGACAUUUAGACAAGGUCCACCAAUUUCAUCAGUCAUGACAAAGACAAGCAAAAUACAAUCAAGUGACAUUCAUUAAAGCAGGGAUUUAAUUUCCUCUGUGAAGUUCAAAAAUGGAUGCAGGGGUCUUGAAUUGGACCAGAUUGCCUUGUUUUAAUAUUUUAUGACAGCAGAGUGAGUUGCAAUUAUUUACAAAAGUAACUGGACUCAGUGAAGUAAAAGUGCAAGGAGAAGAAAAAACAGAUGACAUUUUUGCAAAAGAGAGAAGGAAAAGGUAAAACUUUGCAUCUUAACAGACAUCCCUGCUUUUUCUGCAUUGACAAGUCCAAAUGUCUGCAGUGGAAAAAUGUGAAUUUGAUGGGACAGGUGUCAUUUUAAGGUGAAGAAAGCAGAACAGAUGAUUGACACGGGUUAUUCUGAGCUGAGAAGCCAACAUAAAGCCCUUGUGAAAGAGAAAAUUGGCCAGUUUGUUGUUCAACUCUCCUGUCUUAAUAUAACGUCCCAGCCUGGUCUCUCCUGUUUAUGCCAAUACAACUACUUUAUUUUAAAAGUUUCAGUCGUAAGUUCAUUGCACCAUUUUCCAUUCAUUGAAAAAGGGGUUUGUAGAUUAAUUCCCAUAAUUAACUUUCACACUGAACCACAGUGUAUUCAGAAAGUAUUCAGAACCCCUUCACUGUUUUGCAUAUGAUAUCAAAGUAAAAGCCAAGCCAUGAGCACAAAGGAACUGCAGAGCUCAGAGACAGGAUUGUAGCAAGGACCAGAUCUGGGGAAGGCUACAAAGAAAUCUGUUGCACUGAAAGUUCCCAAGAGCACAGUGGCCUCCAUAAUCUUCAAAUGAAGAAGUUUGGCACAACCAGGACUCUUCCAAGAGAUGGACGCUCUGCCAAACUGAGCUAUCGAGGGAGAAGGACCUUAGUAAGAGAGGAGACCAAGAAUCUGAUGGUCAGUCUGACUAAACUCAAGAUAUCUUGUGAGGGGAUGGGACAAAGUUCCAGAAGGAUCACUGCAGCCCUCCACUAAACUGGGCUUUAUGGCCAUUACUAGAAAGAAGUCUCUCAGUGCAGAAUACAAGAAAGCCCACCUGAAGGACCUUUAGACUGAGAAACAAGGUUCUCUCUUCUGAUGAAACCGAGACAGAACUGUUUGGCCUCAAAUCUAAAUGUUAUGUUUGGAGGAAACCAGGCAUCAAUCAUCACCUGCAAAUACCAUCCCGGCAGUGAAGCAUGUUGGUGGCAGCAUCAUGCUGUGGGGGUGUUUUUCAGCAGGGACUGGGAGACUGGUCAGAGUUGAGGUAAAUAUGGGUGACUGGGCUGAAGGUUCACCUUCCAACGUGACAAUGACUCUAAGCAUACAGCCAAAACAACACAGGAUCAGCUUUUGGACAACUCUGAAUGUCCUAGAGUGGCACAGUCAGAGCCCUGACUUGAACCCUGUCCAACACCUAAAAAUGGCUGUCCACCAAUGGUCUUCAUUCAAACUGAUCGCGCUUUAGAGGAUUUGAAGGAAAAAGGGCAGAAAAAAAGCUUGUUGUAUCAUAUUAAAAAAGACUCUACUAAGACCUGAGUAAAGGGUCUGAAUACUUAUGUCAAUGUAAUAUUUCAGUUUUUCAUUUUUAAUACAUCUGCAAAAAAAUCUGAAAUUCUGUUUUCACUUCCAAAUUCUUGUUAGAAUUGAAAAAGAUAUUGAUAAAACAUUACAUUUAGAUUUUAACUUCUUAUUACUAUGAACUUGGUUUGGAUUGUGCCUGUGGAAAAUCUGCAUUUGAAGGGCCAUGCAGCCCUAGCACUCACCUCCAUUGCAAGAAGAAUCGGGGCACUGGAGUUUAGCCAAAAAGGUAUUUGUCAUUUGGUUAUAAAACUUGACCAUGUUUCUUUCUCUUCUCUCAGGUAAAUCGACAGACACCGGAUGCAGAGGUCACUUCAGGGUCAUAUCAUGGGUCCAAGAUGGCUGCUGUAUAUUACCAAAGGGCGAUGCAGCAGUUUACUAGCGCUUUGCAGAGUAGAGGGCUGGGAAUUUGGCCCAGAAAACCCCUAGAACUCUGCAGCUUUAACAUCAGCAAAUAAAAAGAUGUGUUACAGGUUUGUUUAUGUAUGUUUUCAUUACGGAGUAUCAUUACGAGUGAUAUAUAAAGGAGACUGAGGUUAAACAUAGCAUGACUGUUGCAUAGUUGUGUAAACGGAUAAUUGGCUAGACUGUUGUACUAAGUAAAAGUUGAAGGUGCAGGGUUGUCUUAACCCACUGUGAAUAGCAUUUAUUACCCAAAGAUAAUCCACUCUCACCCAUUCAUUCCAUUGUAUAUUCUGUUUUUACACUUGUUAGGGACCCUCACCAUCAUAACCUUAAACUAGACUUUUGUAGAAGUGAGCUAAGUCCACAAUAUCCCUACAUUCCUACGGUCCUCACAGUGGUCAAUAAAAGACAACGGGCCUCACAAGCACUCAAUACAAGAAGACAUAAAAACACAAAUACCUGUCUACCUCUCCAGCAGAGGACUAUCACCCACUAGCUGCCAGCCAGUCAAAGACACAAAACAAAUUUAUUUCCCAUAACAUACUAACAAAAUUUGAAAUUUUAACCGAGAUUAAUCUCAGGAUUUCUGUUGUUAAUCACAGUUAAUCAAACUCUUUAUGUGGCAUUUUAAAUUCCACUUUUUGCAUUUAAAAUUGUUUUUGUGUCAUUUUCUACUGACCUAAACUAAGAGUCUUCCUCUUAGGAUUUUUCUAAGUAGAUAGAAGAUUAUGAAAUGAACUUUACCAUAGAAAAAGGAACUUUGGGAAUAAGUGAACCAUAAAAAAGGUAAAUGUUUGAUUAAAGAAGGUGCGAAUGGCUUUUAACUUGGUCACUGAGCUGUCUGUGUAGUUUUAAAGUGAAAUGAGACAUAAAGAAGCAGUGAGGGACUUACUUGACUGCAGCUGCAGGGAGAUACUGAGAUGGCUUAACCUAUCAAUCUUGAUUGAAAACAUUUAAUGCACUAAAUUUUGGAUUAUAGUUAAUUGUAACUAAUGCAAUUAAUCUUGACAGCCCUCAUUUUCCUUUUGUGACUCACCAUAACCUCAGCUGUAAUGACUUAACACCUAAAUCCACACUCAAAUUAUACACAAAUACACUUGUACCCUUAAUAUUAAAAUAAAGGAGUUUCUUUUUGUCCUCCAAUGGGUUAUAGGUCUCCACUCCACAAUGUGAUUGUGAGAAAAUCUAUCCCUCCUGUCAUGUGCUCAACACAAAAUACCCAAUGGAUGUGAUCCACAUUUCUUGCACCUUUACUUUUCAGUUUGAUGUCACAAUUUUAUUGUAUAACCAAAUGUUCGUUUGUUCUGGUCACCUUUGGUUGAGUUUAUUUCAUUGCUAUAUAUGUUUGUAAUAAUCCUUAUGAUUCUUAAUCAAUGUUGUUCAGUGUCAUUUGAUAUGAGGCUUGGGAGUGAACAAAUGCUGCCACCUUGAGGGAAUUUGGUGCACUACAACUUAAAGACUUCAUGGUUUGCUGAAGAGAUCACAAAUGUUUUGUUUUGUUUGUUUUUCUUCUUAUAUCUCAUAAAAAUAUUCAUUAUUAUUUCCCAGGUAGUUUUCUUGUCUGUGAGUAGUGCCCUGCACGGGCCUAUUAUCUGGACCCGAGUCCGGCCCGGGCCCGAGGGGGUGGAGCCCUAGCCCGGCCUGGCCCGACAGGUUUUCAGAAUUAUCAGGCCCGAACCCGUAUGAAGCCCGACUUUGUUUUUGUUUUUGUUUUUUGUUUUUUUUUUGCGCGCGCGAUGCAGCAGCGUACAGCAACAGCUGACCUGCAUAUCGCAGCAAUUGUAGUCCUAUUAACAA